AUGGCUCAACAACAACUUCAUACAGCCUCGCGCCAUCCCUCACUCCAGCUCUCGUCACAUAAUCUGCCACCUGCGGGUCUUGCCUCGGCCGACAUGCAGCCGUCUCCGCCGCUACAUCAUCAGGAGCCGCCGGUACCUGACCAGCCUCAGCCGAUGUUUGGUUAUUUGCCCCAAAAUACAACACAGCCACCGGUACCCCUCUCCACUCUUCUCACGGAUGACCAGUCUAGGUGGCUUGACAGUUUUUUCCAGAACCUGGAUGAUCCUUCUGCAGAUGACAACCCUUUCGCAAUAUCACCGAAUUUUGAGCAAGAAGGGCUAUCUUUCACAUCGGAAUGGAAUAUGAGGCCAGGAAACCUUGUUGGAUCAAAUACAUCGUUCGCCCCUUACGCCCGCACCAACUAUAACACUGGCUUCAAUGACUUGUCAAGUGUACACAACUUUGGUGGUCCAUCGUUCAACCACCAGCUCCAAGCGCCGCCACGAUCAACCGAUGGUAUCCAUGAUCUCCUGAAUGCAGCGGCCGCCCUCCCACGCGAGGUAGGUGGUCAUGGCGGCAUUAGUUUCGAGCAAAUCUGUGGGGGCGGAAGGGCUCCCGCUGGGCAACAUGGCAUUCAAAACCAGGCAGACAACAGCUUUGGCGGUGCAGCCAUCGCUUUGGCUAUGCGCCCUUACCCGCCCGUCCACGAGCCCCCCAACAACUUCUACCGCGAUAUGAUCUUCCAACAGCCGGGCCAAUCGCAGCAACCCCGCCAAAACAGCUACCAGCAUGAGCAGCCGGUAAGGAUCCAGUUUGGCACUGACACCAGCUUCUCCCAGUCGACCUUCACACCUCAGAGAACACAGGAGAGCUCAGAGGUCAUGAGCCAAGCACAACUGAAGGUGUUGGACUGUCUGGUGCCUAGCCAAAGUGCCGCUACCACGCGUGCCUCCAGUCCCGUAAAUCAGGGAGUGAAUGAGCACCACAACCCAUCAUCACCGCCUAAGCUACGAACACAUCAUCGCCCCUCUUUACCUCAGGCACUGGCCUCCAUACAAGAAGAAGGCGGGCCGCCCAAGAAGAGAAGGGCAACGGUCGAUAACACCAAUAAUGAUGGCGAGAUGGCAUCACCCGCGUCCCUCGUGACCUUCUCCAACAAUCCAUACAGUCCCUUCUCCCAAUCCGGGUUCACUCCUUCCUCCCCCAUGACGUCGUUAGGCGGCAGAAGAUCAGUCGGAUCGAUUCCAGGAGGAGCAAGGGGGAAGAAACUUUCCCGUCAAGGAACCCUUCCGUCGCCCAAUUCAGCGUCGGAAGCCAUAGACCAGCAGGGCGGUGACGCACGAUCACCAAACGAAGACGGAGAGGACAAGCCCGCUCGGCCGGGCAAGAGGCGUCGUUCCUAUAAGGAGAAGAAGCCCAACCUGACGCUGGAACAAAAGCGGCUGAACCAUAUCGACAGCGAGAAACGGCGAAGAUACAUGAUCAAGUCCGCCUAUGAUAACCUGUCGAUCAUUGUACCGGGGUAUAAGGAGGCCGGUGUUAGCAAAGCUGGAGGGAUACAACUAGCCGUGGAUUUCUUGAAGAAGAUGAUGGGGGAGAACGAAGGGUUGAAGGAGAGACUUGAGCGGGUGAGAGAGAAGGCGGGAGUAAAAGGACCUGAUGUGGAAAUGACGGGGGUAGAGGGAGGGAAUCAAAAAGAACAGAAGGGUAUCGAGGGGCAAUGA